AUGUGUCUUCCCGACUAUUCCUGCUUUGUCGAAUCUGACAAUUUGACAGAACAAACCAAAGUCAUUGAUGAUUUGUUCGAGCCUAGUUAUUCUAUUCUAAGAUUCACGUUGCGAGAUGGAAUGUUUAUGCAAAAUGCCAAAUUACACGCUAAAAAUUACGCUGAAUUCAUAGAACUGAUACGCUCUAGGUUACUGAACAUUUGCAAUAAUACUGAACAGAUAGGACCCAGCUCACGAGAUGUUGAUCACCUGGCAGAUAUCGUAGGAGCGCAUCCAAGAUUGGGAGAAAGUGCGAAGAAAUUGUCUGCGAGUUCGAAGAAAGAACAGCAAAAAUUACAAAAUAAUAAUGAUCCCAUCGAAAUACGUGAAAUGAUUGCGAAAUUGAACAAUGCAUAUGAAAAAAAAUACCCUGGCCUCAGGUUCGUUGUAUUUGUCAAUGGCAGAUCAAGACCCCAAAUCAUACGAGACAUGCAGCGUAGAAUUGAAUCUGGGAAUUCUUGGUUUGAAGAAGCACGGAUAGCCAUUAAUGAGCUAUGUGAUAUCGCACAAGAUCGUGUAAGCAAGGGGAAAUUACAAUCUUUAAAAUGUAAAUACUAA